AACUGUGACUGCUUUUUUGGUUUGUGUUGGGUAACGACGAGAGUGCGUUGAACAACUCUGCUUUGCCCAACCACGAUGCAGAUUUUCGUCAAGACUCUUACGGGAAAGACCAUCACCCUUGAGGUUGAGUCCUCCGACACCAUUGACAAUGUCAAGAGCAAAAUCCAGGACAAGGAGGGCAUCCCUCCCGACCAACAACGCUUGAUUUUCGCCGGCAAGCAACUUGAGGACGGUCGCACCUUGUCUGACUACAACAUCCAAAAGGAGUCCACUCUCCACUUGGUUCUCCGUCUCCGUGGUGGUAUCAUUGAGCCCUCUUUGAAGGCUUUGGCUUCCAAGUACAACUGUGAGAAGAUGAUUUGCCGUAAGUGCUAUGCUCGUCUUCCUCCCCGUGCUACCAACUGCCGCAAGAAGAAGUGUGGUCACACCAACCAAUUGCGCCCUAAGAAGAAGCUCAAGUAGUCUGGUGCAGUUCAAUGGAUGCCUUUAAGAGUAAA